CGGAAAUGCCCCGGAUGUGCCAGCUUUACGGUUUACACGCCCAUGCGAAGUUGUACAAGUGCUGUUAUCAACCACAAGUAUUACAUUAAGAGGCAGGAACCGUACCAACAUAUUUGCACGUGCAACUUCUGCCGGAUGCAGCGUCUGUGUGUGUGUGUGUGUGUGUAAAGUGUGACAAAGUAUGGCAAUCAACGCGUUUUAUUCGCCCGGAGACCCCAUGCUGAAGAAGAGGGAUGACUUUGAGGACAUGUUGGAGGAGAGGAGGACCUCCAGCGACCUGAAAUACGCCCUCAGGUGUUACAACCCGGUCCUUUACAAAGGCGUGACGCCCUGCACGUCCAGCACGCUGAAGACCACGGUUCUCCAGUCCGGUCAGCUACGUUACGUCAUCAAUCAGGUUUCCAAAGAGACGGGCAAGGCGACGGAUGAUGUCAAGGAGGAGGCGUCGGCCAUCUUGGAGGAGAUGGCUCAGUGUCUGCAGCUCAGCACGGUUCGCUUCUUUGCCUUCGCACUCAGCAAGGCCUUCAAGACCUUGUUCAGGAGCAUCUGUGUCAACGAAGACGGCAUCCAGAGGCUCCAACAGGCCAUUCAGGAGCACCCGGUGGUCCUGCUACCAAGUCACCGGAGUUACAUGGACUUCCUGCUGAUGUCUUACAUCCUGUACACCUACGACGUGGCGCUGCCUGUCAUCGCUGCCGGCAUGGACUUCAUGGGGAUGAAGUUCGUUGGAGAGAUGCUGCGGAUGUCUGGAGCCUUCUUCAUCCGAAGGUCUUUUGGUGGAGACAAGCUGUACUGGGCUCUCUUCUCAGAGUACGUCAAGACCAUGCUCCGGAAUGGAUUUGCACCAGUUGAAUUUUUCCUAGAGGGGACCAGAAGCCGAACGUCUAAGUCUUUGACCCCAAAGUUAGGUUUGUUGAACAUAGUCAUGGAUCCGUUCCUUAAAGGGGAGGUGUUUGACGUCAACGUGGUCCCAGUCAGCAUCAGCUAUGAGAGGGUCCUGGAGGAGACGCUGUACGCCAGAGAGCUGCUGGGGAUUCCCAAACCCAAAGAAUCCACCUCAGGUCUGUUCAAAGCCAGGAAGAUCCUCAGUGAGGACUACGGCAGUAUCCAUGUGUACUUUGGUCAGCCUGUUUCUGUCAGAAGUUUAGCUCAGGGCAGAGUUAACCGCUGCCAGUUCAACCUGCUACCAAGACACAUACCCAUGAGGCCCGGCGAGGACAUCACCAGCUUUGUGAAUGACUCGGCCUACAGGCUGGUGCGGGCCCAGGAGGAGAACAUGGUCCUGAAGCCGUGGGUCCUAGUGGUCUCCCUGCUGCUACAGUACCACCACCAAAACCAGGCGGGGGGGCAGAACCAGGGGAUGGCACUGAGCGAGCUGACUGCACACGCUGUGUGGCUCAGAGACCUCUCCCGGCAGUACGGAGCCUUCCUCCACUGGCCCGACCACGAUCCUCCAUCAGAAGUAGUUUCCUCUAGUCUUACCCUGCAUCGAGGUCUAGUGAGGAUUUGUGAGGACAAUGUCCAGCUGGCAGUGGAACAAGUUGGUUAA